AUGUCGCCAGCUACUCGAGAAAUCCUCGGCAAGGUGCGCCAGAUGGUGCCGCCGAUGUUGGAGAAGUUUCACAAAGGUCAACUGGGACGGGUGGCCGUCAUCGGCGGCAGUGAGGACUACACGGGCGCUCCCUACUUCUCGGCCAUGGCUAGCGCGAGGUUAGGAUGUGAUAUGUCCCAUGUGAUCUGCACGCCCGGCGCCGCGGCAGUCAUCAAGACCUACUCGCCGAACCUGAUGGUGCACCCUCUAAUGCGGCAGUCGCCGGCGCACCCGACGGCGCCGACGGCCGGCAACGCGCCGCCGCCCUCGGCCGACGCGGACCCGGAGCAGAUCUCCAAGGCCAUCAUCGACAUGCUGGGCCGGCUGCACGUCCUGGUCGUGGGGCCGGGCCUGGGCCGCGACCCGCUCAUGCACCAGACGCUGGCCCGGGUGCUGGCCGCGGCCCGCGAGCGCAAGAUGCCUGUCGUCAUGGACGCCGACGCCCUGGGCCUCGUCCAGAGCAACCCGGAGCUCGUCAUCGGCUGGAAGGAGGUCGUGCUGACGCCCAACGUGGUCGAGUUCGGCCGCCUGCAGAAGGCGCUCAAGAUCGAGCCCGGCUCCGGCAAGUCCGAGACGGCCCAGGUCGAGGCCCUGAGCAGGGCCCUCGGCGGCGUCGCCAUCGUGCAGAAGGGCGGCAAGGACAUGAUCAGCAACGGCGACCACACCAUGGUCGUCGACCUCGAGGGCGGCCUCAAGCGCAGCGGCGGCCAGGGCGACACCCUCACCGGCAGCAUCGCGACGUUCCUGGGCUGGCGCCAGGCGUACCUCGACGGCCUGUGGGACCACGGCGGCAAGCUGGACGAGAAGGAGCUGCUGGGCUUGGCGGCGUUCGGCGGAGCGGCCAUCACGAGGGAAGCCUCACGGCAGGCCUUCAAGAAGAAGGGCCGCAGCCUACAGGCCAGCGAUCUCACGGACGAGGUUUAUGGUGCGUUCUUGACGUUGUUUGGGGAGGACGAGCCGGAUGCCAAGCUAUGA